GACGAGUUCAGAGAUAUCACUCAACCAUUUGCCAUCAGACCUUUAGAAUGAAAAUGGUGCUGACCAUAUUUCCAAGACAUCGCUGUCAGUCUCUAUAUAAACAAAAUGACAGAAUGCUCUGUCUGCCUCAAACAUUUGGAAAUGUGUGGGUGGACAGCCAAAAGCAGUCAGCUGCUUCUUCUCCUGUGAAGAGGAGCACUGUUGCUGGGCGCAGACAAUAGCUGUCAUUGACAGUUGGCCGCACACAGUAAAUAGCCAAACAAGACCAUAAAGCAUUGAAACCUAUCUGGGGGGUUACGCAAGGUCGGCGCAAUGGUUUUGCGGAGCUCAAGCGGGUCCUGGUGUUUGGUGCCGUUCUACCUCUGCCUCGCCGUGUGUCCAACAUGGGUGACUCCAGAUUUCUCGGCAUACCUGCAUUCGAUCCUGAGGAAUCACACCAUGCACGCGUGUGACGGGGAGACCCUCUCGAUCACGUGUCCCACCAAAACCACCGUAACGGUCUUGUCCUCGUUCUACGGACGUCGCAUCUCGAGCGAGAACUUGUGUCCCGCUGCGAAUGGGAACAGCACCGAGGAGAACACAGACUGCACGUCCUCUGUGGCUACCCAGCAGAAAGUUAUGGAUGAAUGUCAGGAUCGAUCGUCCUGCCAGAUCCCGGUCAUCAGUCGUGUGUUUGGCCUGGAUCCCUGCCCAGGCACUAGCAAGUACCUCAUCGUAUCUUACAAGUGCCGUCCAGAGAAUCACAGCACUAAGCUGGCAUGCGAGAAUGAGAGACUACAGCUGGUGUGCGGGAACGACACAGUGCUGGCAAUCUACACGGCUACAUUCGGACAUCUGCCACACGGGAACGCAGAGUGUCCCCAGGAGAGUGGAGCUGCCCCUGACAUGGAGUGCCUGUCCCCCACGGCACUGAGGAAAGUGUCACGCAGGUGUCAAGGCAGGACUAACUGCUCUGUGCUGGCUGAUGCACAGAACUUUGGGGACCCCUGUCUCCCAGGGGUGAAGAAGCACCUGCAGGUGUCCUUUGUGUGUGUACCCAGAUACCUUCUGGAGGAUGUUGGACGUGGGUCCUCUGACCCUUUCUUGAUCACAGACUACACACAUGGCGGCUGGUACACCGGCCCUGGCGUACCACGACCCCCUCGAAAAAUGGUGCUCAUCACCAACUCUCUGGAAAUCUUUGCCCAAAUAUGGGGUCUUCCGGAGAAGGUGGCCCUGUACUUUGUCUCAGGGAUCUGCGCUGGCUUGCUCUUCCUGCUGUGUCUGUUCGGCCUAAAGUCCACUCUGGGACGCGACGUCAAAGACCUGAUCUACGAGCUGCGGGAAGACCUGAAGGACACCCAAGACCCUGGCACCGAGCUGAUGGAGGACAUUAGCAAUGACACCUCCUCGGACUCCUCCUUGCACCGCCUCGAACGCUCCUACUGCUUGGCUGAAAUUUUCAGCCCAGAGCUGAUGGUAGAGAUGGAGGAGCACUGGGAGGAGAAGGAACUGCCGAACGGGACUAUCUUCCUGCACAGGGACUCCAGCCCCUACGCGGCUCACAGGAUCAAGGCGGCCACCGCCUGAGGAAGGAACCCUUGCUCUUAGCAAGGUGACGCUGUAAAUGUGAAUUCAUCUAAUUUGCCUAAAUUCAAGAGCAGAGCAUGUGAUGUACAUAUUUAUGCUGCACUGAUUUCAUAACAUGUCAAAGAAACUGUGAAGCAGUGACUAAUGUGAUUUAUUAAUAUGGACCAAGUUCCACAAGGCAAAGUUCAAUUCAAUGAGAAAAUUCUGAACGUGUCUUCCCAAAAUAAAUUACGACUACAGACGUAUUCAACCAUGCACAUAAUAAUCAUCUUUUGCUUAGCCCACAUUGAAAAGAUAAUUAUACAAAGGCUUGAAGUAAAUGUCAUCCAUGUAAUUUUGCAUUACAUCCCCAUGAAACAUAAAAAAAGAUUUGAUGGUUUUGCCUCUUCAGAAAAAAAGUUAAAUUAAAUGAUCAGCUCUUGUGUUAAAAUAA